AUGAGUGCGGCGGGAAACCCAGCAGAUAUAUUUUUCGUGCUCGACUCGUCCAGCAGUAUAUGGAAACCCGACUUUGAGAAACGAAUGUUGGGAUUUGUCCGUGACGUGGUGGCCAGUUUUGACAUUGGUCGAGACCUGACGAGGGUUGGUGUCAUGACAUUCAGCGACACGCCUAGGCUGGUGAUUGGUCUAGACUCUUACACCAACAAACAAGACCUUCUCCAAGCCAUUUCACCGCAAAUCGUCAGAUACACUUUGGGCGGCACCAACACGGCUGAAGCUCUUCAGGAUGUCCGGAAAAAUGGCUUCCACGAAUCAAUCACAAGAGAGGGAGUAGUCAAAAUUGCUAUUGUAAUCACCGACGGUCAAUCAUGGAACGAGAAGAAGACCAUCAAAGAAGCUGAACUUCUGAAGGAAAAUGGCGUCAAGGUCUAUGCCAUUGGUGUUGGUAAGGCUGUGAAACAAGAAGAACUUGAAGGCAUCGCAAAUCAACCCAAGGAGGAGUUUGUGUUCAGUGUCAACGACUUUGGGGCUCUGUCAGAAAUCAAAGACACCCUUGCCGUGAAAGCCUGCGGAUAUGAGGAAGCAUUUAAAGAUCAGCCAGUGUGUGGCAGCGGACCUACAGACAUCACGUUCGCAUUUGAUGCCAGCACUUUGACCGUGAAAAACAAACACCAAACCCUCGGCCAGAUACAAGACUUCACCAAAAGACUCUCUUCCAUAAAUGGCGACGUGAGAAUCGGGGUCACUUCUGGACCCUGUCCACCCAGCAUGGAUUUCCCGCCAUCCGUUCCCAGCGACGCUAGCGAUAAACUACGUCGCGUUAAGAGAUCGAUAAGGUCAAACGUUUUGGGUGUUGUGAAACAAUGGCGGCACAAAACUGUCGGCGAUCUAAAGAAAACGUCAUCAGAGGAAGGCGUCAGCAAGUACGACUCUGACCCCGCGUUUUAUGCUUCCAAGAAAGGACUGGUCCUUCUCCUGAACAAAGACAACGUGCCAGAAUUCCGCCACCUCAAGGAGGAGGUUCUGCUGCUGAUCGACUCGGGCGUCGAAGUGAUGGUGGUGCUAGACGAGUCUGUAGAGAGAAAAGAAGUCGACAGGUGGACGGAGCUGAUUGGUCACAGGAGAGUGUUGUCAGGGGUUGAUCCAAACAACGAUUACUCUGGUUACGUUAUGGAGUUUGUCUGCUCGUUGUAG